AUGGAAAACCUCACCAUGAAUAACAUGACCAUGGAGAAUGACACGUUGGUGCAUGACAAUCGAACCACGCUGGGGGUUUGGACUGACUACACAAAUGAAUACAAAGUGGUCAGCGUGUUUCUGGUGUCCCUUAUUUGCGGGAUGGGGAUUGUGGGGAAUGUGAUGGUGAUCAUGGUGGUGCUGACCACCAAACACAUGCGGACCCCCACUAACUGUUACCUGGUGAGCCUGGCCGCGGCUGACCUGAUGGUGCUGACGGCGGCCGGGCUGCCCAACAUCACCGACGCCCUGCACGGACAGUGGGUGUACGGCUACGCAGGGUGCCUGGGCAUCACUUAUUUCCAGUACCUGGGAAUAAAUGCGUCCUCCUGCUCCAUCACAGCCUUCACCGUGGAGCGCUACAUCGCCAUCUGCCACCCCAUCAAAGCGCAGUUCCUGUGCACUUUAUCCAGGGCGAAGAAGAUCAUUAUGGUGGUGUGGGCGCUCACCUCCGUCUACUGCGUAAUGUGGCUCUUCCUCUCGGACACGGAGAAGUUGGUGUACGACAACGUGGUGCUUCUCAGCUGCGCCUACAAGGUGUCCAGGACUUACUACCUGCCCAUUUACUUCACGGAUUUCGCGGUGUUUUACGUGCUGCCCCUCAUGCUGGCCACGGUUCUGUACGGACUGAUCGCCCGGAUACUUUUCCUCAACCCGCUGCCAUCUGAUCCAAAGAACAGCACCAAGAAGUGGAAGAAGGAGGCGAGUCAGGGCGGGAGGAUGGUCAGCACCUGCUCCUCCAGCAGCACCACGGCCGCCUCGCGCAGACAGGUGACAAAGAUGCUGGCUGUGGUGGUGGUCCUCUUCGCCUUGCUUUGGAUGCCCUACCGGACCCUAGUGGUUGUCAACUCCUUCCUGGACGACGCCUACCUGGACACCUGGUUCCUGCUCUUCUGCCGACUCUGCGUCUACCUGAACAGCGCCAUCAACCCGGUCAUCUACAACGCCAUGUCCCAGAAGUUCCGAGCUGUUUUUAAGAAGUUGUGUCACUGUGGCCCACAACGUAUGGAGAAACCAGCUGCUUACAGUGUGGCGCUAACCUACAGCGCCAUCAAGGAAUCGUCCAAUGGGGAAAGUCCAGACCACUUCCUUUCAGGAUUGGACGAAGUGACCACGCCGACGGAUCAGUACUUACCCGGCGUUUUGCCAAGUAGCAAGAAGAAGCCGUUCCUAAAGCCCUCCCUGUCAGAGAGUAAUGUCAAAGUCUGACUAUAAACAAACGUUGCCCUUAAAGACAGUAGCAGAGACUCAGCUGCAGGAUGGAUUUAGUUACCCAUGGGACUUCUUUUUAGAGAAGAUUUAAUUAAAAGUACCCCAACAC